CAUGAGUGUAGCUAUCGUGAUAUUGAAAAGAGUAAAAGUGAGAUCGCAAAGAAAUGCAGAAAAACUUUACGUUCAUCGAAGUCUCAUGAUAUCACUUAUCCUGGCAAACAUGGUUUACAUGGCUGAUGUUUUCUUYACUAAAAGGAAUGAAUAUCGAAUUCUUUGUACUGUGUUAGUAGUAGUACAGCACUACUUUCACACAGCUGUCUUCUCAUGGAUGCUGUGUGAGGGACUUCACCUGUAUUUCAUGCUUGUCAAAGUCCUUGUUGUAACAAAGCUAUAUUUGAUACAUUCUAUCAUUGGAUGGGGACUUCCAGUGGUCGUUCUCGUUUUCACGGCUGCCAUUCAACCAUCUACCUACAACAUGAGUACGAAACACGAGGUCUACCAAUGUGGUACUCAGGAGAUUGAAAUCAUCGUGGAACGAAACUUCUGUUGGCUGAAUGGUGGUUUCUGGAUCUACAAUGGACCAAUACUCGGCAUUUUAUUGGUAAACUUUGCACUAUUUUUGGUGUUCUUGAAUAUUGCAUACGGAAAGCUGUCUCAACGAUUUGCUGACAAUAAACUGAAGAAAGCAAGAAAAUGCAUCAAGUGCGUUGCCGCUCUUCUCCCUCUGCUGGGUUUGGUGUGGCUUUUCGGGUACACAGUAAACUUACACUGGAUUCUUGCUUACAUCUUCAUCAUCAUCAACUCUUCACAGGGAAUCAUGAUCGCAAUAUUUCAUUGUUUGCUAGACGAUAAGGUGAAAGCAACCUUGAAGUCAAACCAUAAAGGGAGAAAGUGUAUCAAAAACGAAGAGAUGGUGGUGCAAGGUUAG